CUCAUCUAUAUAAUUGCUACUAGUUAUUAGAUAACACCAAGAAUAGAGAGAGAAAAUGGCUAGUGAAGUGAAUAUGUUGAGUGGCACAUCGGUCGAUUUGAAUGAUGAAAAGCCUUCGGAUCACAAAGUACACGUAGAACCAGCACCACCACAGGCACAAUCCCGAAAUCCUUUCAAAAGACUUAAACAACGAAAAGAGAAGGCUAAUUUGAAACAUAAUAGUGAAGAAAUACCAGAUCCUAGGGACCCUAAAAUUGGUUUUAAAGACCAAAUGGUUCUAUUCAAAAUGUUUGGAGCAGCAAAUUGGUUUUUAAUCUUUUUGGGUAGUAUUGGUGCUAUGGGUGCUGGUGUUAUUCCAUUGACUUUCCAAUUUGUUUUGGGAGAUUUAUUGAAUUCUUUGGCUACUGCUUUUGCAGAUCCUAAUGCUUUGAGAGAUAGUGUUAAUACAAUUGCUGCUAAAUUUGCAGGUAUUGCAUUGGGUGCUUUGAUUGCGAAUUUCAUGAUGCAAUUCUUUUUGAACUGGGCUUCCGAACGUAUUGCUGUUGCUUUAAGAGAAGGAUAUUUCAAUGCUCUUACAGCUCAAGAAAUGGCCUUUUUUGAUAUUAAGAAAGUUGGUACUCUUACUGUAGCACUCAGUGAGGAUGUUGCCAAAAUUCAAGAUACUUAUACUUUAAAGUUUGCCACAUUUUUACAACAAAUGACACAAUCCGUAGUUGGUAUUGUUCUUGCCUUUGUCAGUAGUUGGCAAAUGAGUUUAGUCAUGAUUUCAACUUCACCAUUGAUGGUUGUGUUUGUUGGUGGUUUGUCACAAAUGAUUAAGUGGUUGACCAAAAAAACAAACGAUGCCAAUGAACACUCUGCUGCCAUUGCUACAGAAAUUAUUUCUUCAAUGAGAACUGUUAGAAGUAUGGCUGGUGAAAUUAAAGAACAAAAUAGAUUUAAGGAAGAUUUGAAGAAGGUUGGAUUAUUCGGUUUUUGGAAAGCAAUGUUCCAAGGUUUAACAUUUGGUUCAAUUACCUUCAUUCUUUGGGGUACUGUUGCUUUGGCAUUUUGGUAUGGUGGUGGUUUGACUGUUGAUAAAACUAUCACUCUUGGUGAUAUGUUUAAGGUAUUCGGUCUUAUGCUUAUGGGUGUUCUCGGUCUCUCCCAAGCAGGUACCUUCUUCCCAGAUUUGAGUAAGGCAAGAAUGAGUCAAGUUACUCUUUUGAAAGUUAUUAGAAGAAGUCCAGAAAUUCCAUUCAAGGGUGGAAAGACUUUGGAAAAUAUUUCUGGUAAUAUUUCUAUUAGAAAUGUCGAUUUUAUCUAUCCUUCUCGUCCAAAUAUUACUGUUUUGAAGAACUUCUCCCUUGAAAUUACACCAGGUCAAUCCGUAGCUCUUGUUGGUCCUUCAGGUUCUGGUAAAUCAACCAUUGUUGGUCUUGUUGAAAGAUUUUACAAUGCAAACUCUGGUCAAAUCUACAUUGAUGGUGUUGAUAUUACUGAACUCGAUCCAAUGUGGCUUCACAGAAAGAUUGGUAUUGUUACUCAAGAACCAGUGCUUUUUGCUUGUAGUAUUAGAGAUAACAUUGCCUAUGCUGUUGGUGCCGAAAAUGUUACACAAGAACAAAUUGAAGAUGCUGCUAAAGCUGCCAACUGUCACAAUUUCAUUGUUGAUCUCCCAGAAGGUUAUAACACAAUGUUAGGUGAAAAGGGUGUUUCAUUAUCAGGUGGUCAAAAGCAAAGAAUUGCUAUUGCUCGUGCCUUGUUGCAAAAUCCAUCUGUUCUUUUAUUGGAUGAAGCUACAUCUGCAUUGGAUACUGAAUCAGAAGCUCUCGUUCAAGCUGCUUUGGACCAUUUAAUGAAAGGACGUACUUCAAUUUGUAUUGCCCACAGACUUUCAACAGUUAAGAACUCUGACACCAUUUGUGUUUUGGCUAAGGGUGUUUUGGUUGAAAAGGGUAAACAUGAAGAAUUGUUACAAAUUGAAAAUGGUGUUUACAAAAAGUUAGCUGAAAAGCAAAUGAUGUUUGGUAAAUCAGAGAGUAAGAUUGAUUUGGAAGCAGUUAUGGAUAUUAUUGAAGAGUAAACAAUUUUGAUAGAGAACGAUUGUAAAUAAAUAUUACGAGUUAUUU